GCGUCAUUAAGCGAGUUUACCUUAAAUUAGCCUUGCUUAGUCAGUCUUCAUCUCGCGCUGAUGGAACUGUUACUCUUUCCCGUCGCUGUCUGAUCUUGUAACCUCGGAAUCCUGUCAUGGACAGCCUGGACUCACUCGAUUUCGAUGCUGUUGACGGAAACGCCUUUACGAAUACCAAUGAUGUGAGCCCGCACCAUCUGCAGCUCCUUGCCGACCUCAGCGAAGCAGCUGCGCAGGGCGAUCGUGCCGCCGCCUUCGAAGCAUUCACCACACUUCGCUAUACUAAUGCAAGCCCAAGGAUUCUCGCAAGGCCUGGAAACGCUUUACAGAUCGCCAUCGAGCGUAGGGACGAGAAAAUGGCUGCAUACCUGCUUUCCGAAGGUGUUCACGUUGUGGCGGAAGAUGUGAGAGCGGCGACGCUGUCCCGGUCCAGGUCGGUCAUUAGCCUGCUACUUGAGCACGGAUGGCCUAUUAAUGCCAAAUUGGGGUGGUACGAUCCUCCGGCAAUGGCCUAUGCCACAGAGGACUUAGAAUUAACCAGAUGGUUCUUAUCCAGAAAUGCGGACCCAAAUGCUCGCUGUGGGAUUGACAAGACACCUCUCUCGAUUGCUGUCCACACGGGUUCAAUACCUGUCAUCGAGUCGCUCUUUGCGCAGGGAGGUGACGUACAUCGUGGGCAGCUCGUGCACUGGGCCGCGUCGCGCCAGAAGGAUGAUCGAACGGCUGUCUUGAAAUUUCUCCUACAGAAAGGAGCCACGAUCAAUGCUAUUAUGUACCAAAAUGAUGAAGAUUCUUUCAUCCAGCGAGAACCCUUUGGGCUGGGAACCCCAUUGCACGCCGCCGCGGCUGCCGGACACGUGGACGUUAUACUACUGUUACUUGAACGUGGCGCGGAUAUCCAUGCGACUGAUACUUGUGGACGUUUGGCAUUUGAAAUUGCCCAAGAGAAUCAAUACUACGUAGCGGCAGACCUGCUGCGGCCAUCUCGUGCUACAUUAGCGCUAUUCUAGCUAAGCAGCGUCUCAGUCUAGAGAAAUGUAGGAACGCCUACACAAGAAGGUAGUCAUCUUAGUUCAGUGCACAACACAAAAACAGGUUACGAAAAUCUAUCCGGC